AUGGAGGCACACGAAGUCUUGUCCUGCGUCGAACUUGUCAUUUACAUUCUGCUAUUCCCUCUGGUCUCUUUUCUCGCUGUCUAUUAUCUUUGUCUCACUAGAAGGGAGAAACAAACAGCCUGGCUGUUUCUAAAUGCAUUUACUGUUGCCAAAAUUGCUGGACCAGCCAUUGCUAUUUAUCUCGACAGCAGCAAUACGAACAGUACGGGUGGUAGCGUGAAAUUGCAGAUUGCAUCACAGAUCCUCAACCAAAUUGCCCUUGGGCCCUUGCUCUCAGCGACACUUUCUUUUGUCAACACAUCAGUAUCACGACGACUACCACUAUCACCAAGAAACCAGGAUAUUGCUGUUGAAAGUAACCAGACCCAACGAAACUACUACUCUUACCUUCCCUUGCAAUCCCGGAAUCAAAAUGGCGAGGGCGAAGGAAAAUUCAUCCCUAUAGUUUUGCGCCUGAUCCACCCCAUCAUUGUGUGUGGUCUUGUUCUGGGUAUAUACGGCGGUGUCAAGAGAUCGCCGGAUAGCUCGACCGGGGAAACCAACGCGGACGACUAUAAAAGCGGUGUCACCUUUUCCAAAGUCUCAUCGGUGCUAUUCCUAGUGGCUAUAGCGACUCUCUAUGGUACUGUUUUAUUGAAGCAGUGUCAUCAAACGAGAAGCAAAAGAGCUCACGGCGGAUUUGAAACAGGGUCGUUUGUUCCAGAAUCCAUGAUGCUGGUCCUCAUUUUGCCUUUGCUGUUCGUCAGGGUUAUAUACUCGCUUCUAUACAGCUUUAACCUCAAUAUGGUUGAAACACUAUCAACGCAGUCUGUAAAAACGGUUCCUAGUAAAUAUGACCCCGCAAACGGGAGCUGGGUGAUUUAUCUCCUUCUGGGGCUUGUUCCACAGGUGACCGUUGUUACUUCUUAUACUAUUUACGGAACUUUGAGUUGGAUUAAGGAUCGCUCUGGUGCCUAG